GGUGGUGCCCACGGUGGUGCCCACGGUGGUGGCUCAGGCUCGAGCUCAGUCUCCCAGGCACAGCGGCCGCGCCACCACGCCGCUGCCUGCCCUGCCACACCGCGACUCUGGCGACCCUGCCCGACCCAGCCCGACCCGACCCUGCCCGCGGGCGCACCGCCAUGGUGCGGAGAGUGACCUAGUGUUUGGCCCCGCCCUCGGCCCCGCCCGGGGUGGCCUCGGCCAGGGCCAGGCGUGCAGCCAGGCCAGGCCAGCAGGCCAGGCCAGCCAGCCAGCAUGGCGGCGUGGCACGGGCUCGGCGGGCCUCGGCCCGGGGCUCGGCCGGACCUCCUCGGCGCGGACCUCGGCAGACUGGGCCUGCACGGCCUCCUCAUGUUCGUCGCCGCCUCCACCAGCCUGCUGCGGCCCGGCGCGCCUCCUCCCUUCGCCUUGGCAGCGACCGGCGGAGGGAGCAUGCUUGGGGAUGUCAACAUUUCAGCCAUUUUAGAUUCUUUCAGUGUUAGUUAUGACAAAAGAGUAAGGCCGAACUAUGGAGGGCCUCCUGUAGAGGUGGGGGUCACCAUGUACGUGCUCAGUAUAUCCUCCGUGUCGGAAGUGUUAAUGGACUUCACACUUGAUUUUUACUUCCGGCAAUUCUGGACGGACCCACGUUUGGCCUUCAGAAAAAGGCCAGGGGUCGAAACGCUCAGCGUCGGCUCAGAGUUCAUCAAAAAUAUCUGGGUGCCUGACACAUUCUUCGUGAACGAAAAGCAGUCGUACUUUCACAUCGCAACCACCAGCAAUGAGUUCAUUCGUAUUCACCACUCAGGAUCCAUUACAAGAUCGAUUCGAUUAACUAUCACAGCUUCUUGUCCAAUGAAUCUUCAAUACUUUCCCAUGGACAGACAAUUAUGCCACAUUGAAAUAGAAAGCUUCGGGUAUACAAUGAGGGACAUCCGCUAUAAAUGGAACGAGGGGCCCAACUCGGUGGGGGUGUCGAACGAGGUUUCUCUGCCGCAGUUUAAAGUCCUGGGGCACCGACAGAGAGCUAUGGAAAUUAGUCUGACCACAGGAAACUACUCGCGACUUGCCUGUGAGAUCCAGUUCGUGAGGAGUAUGGGCUACUACCUCAUCCAGAUCUACAUCCCCUCUGGACUAAUUGUCAUCAUCUCCUGGGUCAGCUUCUGGCUGAACCGAAAUGCUACACCAGCCCGAGUAUCUCUCGGUGUCACCACUGUGCUCACCAUGACAACGCUAAUGUCCUCAACUAACGCUGCGCUGCCAAAGAUUUCCUAUGUAAAAUCAAUUGACAUCUACCUGGGCACCUGUUUCGUGAUGGUGUUCGCUUCGCUUUUAGAGUAUGCGACUGUUGGUUAUAUGGCCAAAAGAAUACAGAUGAGAAAGAACCGGUUCCUCGCCAUCCAGAAGAUUGCUGAGCAGAAGAAAGCCGGGGCAGAAAUGCCUCCAGAGGGUGAACACGCGCCGAAGCAGACGGGUUCGGCCGGCCCGCCGCCGGGCUGCGGACCGAUUCCUGGAAACUCGCACGCCUCCACUCAUUACCAAUAUGUGGCCCUGCAGGGCGCGCAGAGCCACGGGCGGACGCACACGCUCCCCGGCCACGGGGGCCACGGGGGGCACGGGGGACACGGGGGCAGCCACGGCCCCAUGGGGGGUCCGAUGGGUGGACCUAUGGGCGGUCAGAUGGGAGGCCCCAUGGGCGGUCCAAUGGGCGGCCCCAUGGGUCACCACGGCAUGUCCCACAUGUCCAUGGGUCCGAUGGGGGGCCAGGGACACAGCAUGGCGGGGCCAGGGCGCUACGGGACCGUGUCCAGGACGGGCAGCUGCGGCAGCGCGGCAGGGAGCGAAAGAGCCGUGCGUUUCCUGCAGCAGGAGCAGCAGCGACAGCAGCAGCAGCAGCAGCAGCCCAAGGGGGCCGUGGCCGAGACCUCCGUCAACGGCCGGCCGGACGAGGAGCCCUCGCCGCCCGCACCUCAGCACCUCAUCGUCCCGGGCAAGGACAUCAACAAGCUGUGCGGCCUCUCCUCCUCGGACAUCGACAAGUACUCGCGCAUCAUCUUCCCCGUGUGCUUCGUGUGCUUCAACCUCAUGUACUGGAUCAUCUACCUGCACAUCAGCGACGUCGUCGCCGACGACUUGGUGCUGCUGCAGGAGGACAAGUAGUCACUGUGUGUCAAUUCGCGCGAAUUUGUGUUGUGUUGUUGUAGUCUGUUUAUAAUAUGGCAGCACAGCAUGACGGGACCCAUAAAUGAGACAAAGUCCUGACCAAAAUGUUAAAAAACAAACAAAAAAAAAAACAAGAGAGAAGCGCAUUUUUAGAGCAAUAAUGUAUGAAAGCGUGGGAGCUGCAAACUGCAAACUAGAUGCAGUGAAGCUGGGGGCGCCAGCCACAUAUCUGUGAUCUAUGGAAGUUAGAACCUUUCAAACAAACAAAACCAAAAAAUGGCCAAAACGCGUUAGCCCAAAUGGGUGGCAAAUUCUGUAGCCAAAUGUUAAAGCAGUUGUAUGUUCAUUUUUUUCCGUGUUAGUAUAACCCACGGGCUGGUGCUCUACUUGCGCGAGCUGUCAAAAAUUGGAGCUGCGCAUAUUUACUCGAGGGCCAUGACCAAAUCUAUUCGCUGAUUGAAUGUUUUACGGACUUUGUUUAAAUCUAGGAUUCCCUUUUUCGUUCGAUUAAUUGUAUGUACACUCAGAUGGACAUGGGGCCCUAAUCUACGCGUGUCACACUUUGCGGAUACUAAACUUACGAAACAUAGGUAGAAUGUGAAAUCGUGACCGGUAAAAGGGAAAAUUAAAUUUCUUUCAACACAUUAAAAUAGCCGCCAUAAGUAGCCAAAUGGAAUGCAAUUUAUAGGUCUGGUGGCAAUUUUUCCGGCUUUACCAGGUUCUGGCAUAGAACGCUCAGGGGUUUCAAACAACUAGGGUUGAAAAAACUCAUGUAUAUAGAAAGAGAAAGGCUCCAAGUCCAACCGCUGUGUCUCCAGUGUAAUCGUGGUACGACUUCGCAAUCAAGUGCAACACACCCCUUCUAGCCCUCUCCCUCGCCCUCGCAGGUAGAGCCCAACCCUCGCGGGUGUCCCCGGUCUGCCGGGGCCCCUCUGUCUUCCCAUUCGGUCUGUGGGAAAAAAGGAAAGGAGCCACAUUUCCCCCCUCCCCCACACACAUACCGACUGAUAGUGUUUAAUUUCUCAAUGGACGAACUACGAGUAAUAGCAAACCAUGCAGCGACGAAAUUUUUUCAUUAGUCAAAGGUCAAAAUCGCGUGCAAAAAGGAAAAAAAAUGAUUGGUGCUGCUACACGCCUGGUUGUGACAAAAGCUGCCCUUAUAUUCAUAUAGAAGCAGCACUCACAGUUCGCACCGCCAACCUCGGAGCGUUCCGACCAGACCAGAUACGUUUGAUCUGAACGCCUCGACCUCCCACCGCGCCCUCUGGAGUUGACCCUCCCCGCCCCGCCCUCCUCUCCGGGCUGGGGCGAGCGGCUGCCUCCGCAACUCGCCCCAAGCCCCUUCCCUCCCCUCCCACCUCGAGAGGGCGCGUUCGCGGGCGAACCAGGGGAGAGGAUCACGAACGCUCAAGAUUAAGCUCAAUGUAAAAUGUUUCUGUGCGACAAGUGCUGCCUCUCCCCUAGUAAGCACACACAUUAAGUACUGUAUGUAUAUAUUUUUCACCUCUAGAAGAAUCAAAAAUGGAGAGUUUUAAGAGUUUUAAAAAAUGCAGAUGGGCGGUUUAUAAUUUGUUUACGAGGGCUUCGACGACACCAGUCUUUUAAAGUCUGUAUCCUGUGAGUUUGUGUGUGUGCGUGCGCGACUGGAAUGGUAGUAGGUCUCAAAUGUAGUAGUAUGUAUCGGGCGGUAGUGACCGCCAUGCUCGAGCGCGAUCAAUGUUAAUAUAAUAAUAAUAAUAUUAAUACUAAUAAUGAUAACAAGCAAAGCAUGAUUAGAAUAUAUACCGUGUUUCGCUGCCACUGCCAGCCGCGCUCUGACCCUCAGGCUCAGGCCGGCCGGUGUGUGUGUGUGUGCGACAAUGUCGCCCGGCCUGCGGCGGAUCACUGCCUUAACUUCGGCCGCCGUGGGACCCAGGCGAACAGGCGUGCCAAUCGAUUGACCGGCCGGAAGUAAUCGAACCAUCUGAAAUGAGGGUCAGAGUGGGCGCGCAGAGGUGCCCCGCGGCUGCACGCGGCUGUUCACACCUAUAAACGCCUGCGGGCCGCGGGGGCUGACACGCCCCCGCUGGUGUCAUGUGCACACGGCUCAAUACUUUCGUCUCAUUGCAAUAUAUUUCUUAUAAUACACACCCACACAAAACACUACUAUGUACUAUAAAGUAACUUAUGACACAUAUUUUAUACACAUCAAACCUAUUAUUCAGCGUCGUUGUUAAGAGAAACAAAAAAGAUACUUUUACUGAGAGUAGCUGCAGAUUUUAAGAGAUAAAAAUUAAAACUGUACGAUUAAGGAUCGUGGUAUUGGUCAUUUCGUUGUGAUAAAAUGUAACAGCUGCAGCUGGUCAGGUGGACUGUUAUGUACGGGCCACGUUAGUCUCGCGAGUCCUGCAGGGCUUCCCAGUCAGCUGCAGUUGUGGAAGAAAAUAUUAUGGUUUUAUACGGCGGUGUACAUGACUCUGUAGAUAGCGGCACACUUUGCAAAGCACGUAGCCCCUUGGCCACUUCGUAUCUUUUCGUAGCCGGGGCCCACUGAAGCUGAAACGUCCAUGGUAGAAAGCAUCUUAGCGAACCGGCCUCCCGCCCGCCUUGGCUCUCCCCGGCACUACCCUCACCCCCCCCCCUUUUCCCCGAAAAAAGAACAACUUUUUUCACCCAAAUCUUUCUUUUAUCUCUCAAAGCAGAUCACUCUGCAAUACCUGCCCGAACUUUAAAGUGUAGUUCCCUAGGAAGUAAUGAAAGGCCUAGUGUGUCUAGAUAGCUCGUGCCAAAGUAACAGGGCUGCCCCCUCCCCUCUCUUUCCCCGUCUCCCCUGAGUCCCCGGUACGAUAGACCUGCCGCGGUCACAGUCUCCUUCACUUCCCAACAAACUGGCUGUGAUAUGAAGCAAGGCCCCGGCGCCACGCCGCGCCACGCUCGGCCCCCCCUGAGUGCCGGGGGGCGCCCCCCCGCGCGGGGCAGUUCGUUAUUCUAAAGACUCGCAACCCCGUACUGGGGCCCCUGCGGGCACUCCCCCUGCCGGCCGAAAGGCAGGUCGUGCUGGUCGCCCGGGUCGCGUCCCGCACGGCCGCCGAGACAGGUCGCCACUAGCCUGCAACUCAUCGAAAAUUUAUUACCUGUUUAUGUAAAUGUUUUUCUUCUUUUUUUUAAUUCCGUUUAAUUUUUGAAAAAAAAAAAAAAGACCGCAAUGUUGAAAAAGGGAUGUCGUGGUCAGAUUCGGACCAAGAUGUCAGUGCAAAACUGGCUUUUGCGAGGCAUCAUGUGGCAACCUCUCUUAGGCCGGCAACCCUUUCCAAAGGGAAGCCCAGUUCCGCGCGAGGGUGGCGGCACGAAGGCCGAUUUGUCGUGUCGAUUUGUCAUGUUGAUAUAUCGACUUAGUAUUUAUUUAUUCUUGUAGAAACUACCUUCCUCCUUCGAGUGCAUGCGAGCAGCGGACAUACAUGUGACGCGUCGCUCCGUAACGUUCUUGUCGGUUGUAUUGCUCAAACGAAACUUUUAAAAAGGAAAUAAUGGUUCAGGUAAUGAUUAUUUAAAUGCAAAGAGUUGUGAUGUAGAGUGACUAUGUGAUUAAAACAAACUGUAAAUUAUUUGCGAUAACUGACUCUACAUGAAAACCACAAAAUUUGUGCAUUUAUAUGGUAACAUAAAAUAUGGAAGGCCCAUGUCAUGUAGUAUUGGGGUGUAAGCAAUACUGAGAUGCCGCUGCCUCCACUCUAUUCUGUUAAAUUUAAAAUGUUUAGGCCGGUAUAUCAGAACCAUAGACUUAAAAAUUCCCCAUUCGACUUCUGUUUUUUUUUAACAAUGUUCAAUCAAUAAGUCGUUUCUAACUGGCAUGCAAUUAUCUGAGAACAGGUAUACAGAGUACGCUUUCCUAUUGGCCACCUUUCUGCCAAGUACUGACCUAAAAUAAAUCUGUCACUUUACCUGGUCUCUAUAGAUCUGGUUAAAGCUCUGUGAGUAGAGGCAGUGUAGAUGUACUUCUUGCCUUAUUUGUGUGUUAAAUCUGGCUCUCACUGCUCACUGGAAGAGGAAAAACUAUAUUCUUAAGGCCCAAUGGACUUGCAUUAACUCAUUUGUAAAUACAAAAGCCCCUGCAUUUGAAACCAAAACUGUACCAAUUUUCAGAUCUUCAUUAACUAUACAAAAAUAAUUUUCAUAUGAUAUCUUCUGAUGCAAAGUGAACAACUAACAGUCAUUAAUAUUAGAUUUUUUUUUUUUUUUAACAGCAAAAGUCUGAAGAGAAAUAGAAAUUUAUUUCUUCUUUCUUCAACGAGGCAGCGGUAUGCACAAUGUACAUAGUCAAGUAUUGCAGUGGUACAUAAGUAAUCUGAAGAAUACAGUACGUACAAGAAUGUGUAGCUAGAAACUACUACUUUGUGUAACAGAUUCUAUAAAUUAUGAGAAUGAGAUGGAGCGCUUAGUGGUGCUCACUAAACGGUUAUUCUAAAGAGAUAUGGAAUGUAAACCAAUGUAUAUACACAUAUAUAUAUUGAUAUAAGGAUUUAUAUAUGUGUAUAUAUGUACACACACAUAUAUUAUAUAUAUGUAUAUGAUGAAUUAGAAGAUUCGGAUAAUAUUUGAGUUGUUUUUAUUUCAAUAAAUGCUAUCAAGGGCAUCUUA